AUGAGCAGGCUUGCUUGGACAAUAAAUUUCAGCGGAAAGGAUGGAUCUAAUCCUGGAUUUGUCAGCAGAACUAUAAAAAAUGCUUUAUUUGAUCUGAGGUUCCACAAAGAUUCGAGAUCAUGGCCACACCAGACCCCAUCAUCAAUUAAAUGGAGUAGAGCACCUGGACAAGAAAGAAGAACGCGGUUUAAUGAAAAAUCAAGACAACUGCUUAGAUGGGAAGCAAACCAGAUGAUCACUCAAAUUCUAUCUAAAAAUAAAAUUAUGAAUCCUCCACAAAAUUUGGCUGAGAUAGCAUAUAGAAUGGGGAGAAUACCUAAAUAA